AUGUAUGCCUCCAUCAUCUUUUAUGCCCUCGUCGCCCUGAAUGGCGCCAUGGCGUCUCCGGUUCAAGGGCCCGAAGUUGAGCCACGAGCCAUUGAGCGUCGUGUUCCCAGUAUGGGAGACAUACCGUUUCCGAAGUUCCCGGCUCGUAACAAGAACAGCAACAAGAUGGAUAAAGGUGGCAGCGAUUGUAGUGGCUCGGGCACGAACACUCAGGUAAAUGCCUGCUCUGCAGGUAGCCCAUACUGUUGUAGCAGCGACGGCAGCGGUGGCCAAACUUGUUCCAACACCACUGCUUGCACUGAAACGAUUAUUUGCUGCAACAACAACAAUGGCUUCCAAAUUUGCAUUGGCGACCUCGACUUCAACGUACCGAUCACCAUCAAUGUCUAUGAGUAA